AUUGUCUGGACAAUGCCUCCCCAAGUGGACCCGGUAGUGAGCGGCGUUUUAUUCGAGAGUGACACUCAGACUCCUGACUUGGGUCUUGCGAAAGAUGUCUCAGUACUAAAGAACGCACGCCCAAGGAAAUAUGAGUAUGUGUGGUUCAACAUCUUGUGGUUUAUUUACCUCCACGUGGCAUCGUUGUAUGGAGUCUACUUGGCUCUUACGAGCGCAAAAUGGCAGACGAAUGUGUUUGCAUUCGCAGUUCACGUGAUGUGUGCUAUUGGAAUAGGGGCAGGGUCUCAUCGGUUGUGGACACACCGGUGCUUCAAGGCUAAAACUCCACUCAGGAUUCUACUCAUGAUCUGGCAGACAAUGGGCUUCCAGGACUGUAUCUUCGAGUGGGCCAGAGACCACCGCACCCACCACAAGUAUGCGGACACGGACGCGGACCCCCACAACGCGGAGAGGGGCCUGUUCUACUCGCACAUGGGGUGGCUCUGCUGCAAGAAGACCCCGGAGGUGAUCGAAGGAGGCCGCAGGAUCGACCUCACCGACCUCUAUGCGGAUCCGGUGGUUAUGUUCCAGAAAAAACAUUACAUGAAGAUGAUGCCAAUCCUGUGCUUUGUGGUGCCAACCAUCAUUCCUGUCUAUUUCUGGGGAGAAUCCUGGACAAACGCAUUCUUUAUUCCCACCAUUCUCAGAUAUACCAUCGGCAUUAACGUGGUGUGGAGUAUCAACAGUUUUGCCCAUACCUUCGGAUACAGGCCGUACGAUAAGUCACUGAAUCCUCGCGACAACAUCGGCACCUGGAUGAUCUGCGUGGAAGGAUUCCACAACUACCACCACACGUUCCCGUGGGACUACCGCGCGACAGAGUACCCUCUUUACAACAUGCUCACGCCAACUAUUGUCUUCAUUGAAGCGAUGGCUAAGAUUGGCCAAGCAUACGACUUGAAAAGCGUUUCACCUGAAAUUAUUAGACAACGAUCUUACCGCACUGGGGAUGGGACACACCACCUGUGGGGCUGGGAUGACCCCGAGUUCACUGAGAAACUCAAGGAAAAGUACGGAAGUGUGGACAGCUGUGAAGAAAAGAAGGCGACGUGAUGACGUCCGUUAGUCCGUAGCAGUAACGUAUUGGGAGAAAAUUGCGUGACUAAUAUAAAAUUAUCCAUAGAUAUUCUAAAUUAAAUAUGAGUAUUUCUUUGUAAUGUAGGAGCAGUAAAUAUUUAAUUGGUAUAAAUUUUGUAAAAUAAA